GAAGCCUUCGGCCAUACAGUCGCGGCAAAAUUGGUUCAAAAUUUUUAGCUUGCGAGCUACAGUUAGCAACUACAUGUGUCCUUUUGUUGCUUAGAAAGAUAGUAUUACGCGUUCACAAUCAUGGACGACGCAAUAACAUUUCGUAUGAGUGCAUUUUCCGAGCAAGGAGGGAGGAAAUACAUGGAGGAUGUUGUCGAGAUAAGAAUCGAGUACGAGCCGACGCCGUCGCAAGCCGAAGAUUAUCCAAAGUCGCAGAGACAUGGAGGACAGGAAAAAGCGGAGAGUGAACCUGGUAAACAGACUGAAAAUGAGACACAUGGGCAUAACGUUGCUGCUGAGUCUGCCCCAGUUUCUGCAAUGUGGGUAGAGAGUCUAUCAAACGAGGACAGUGGCAACAACAGUGCACCGGCAUCAGACAGAGAAGUCGCAGAGCAUGUAGUCGACACUCGGAAGUCUGUGGCGUUUUUCGCAGUUUUCGAUGGUCACGGGGGUCGGGAAGCAGCACACUUCGCCAGAGAGAAUCUGUGGGAUUUGUUGAAAAGGCAGCGGGGCUUUUGGUCGAAGGAUCACAGUGAAGUGUGUGCUGCUCUUCGUAAAGGGUUCAUCGCCUGUCACCAUGCAAUGUGGAAAGAGCUACCGGAGUGGCCAAAGACUAUUACUGGCCUGCCCAGCACAUCAGGCACUACAGCCAGCGUAAUUGUGAUCCGUGGAGUUCACAUGUAUGUCGCCCAUGUAGGAGAUUCAGCAGUAGUAGUUGGAGUGAAAGAAAAUGACUCUGAUAUCACGCUCCAGGCACUUGAAAUCACACAAGACCAUAAACCUGAACUUCCUAAAGAAAAAGAAAGGAUUGAACGACUUGGUGGCAGUGUAAUGAAAAAAUCCGGGGUGAACCGUGUUGUGUGGAAGAGGCCCAGACUGACUCAUAAUGGCCCUGUGAGGAGGAGUACAGUCAUUGACCAGAUCCCCUUCCUGGCUGUGGCUCGAUCUCUCGGUGAUCUCUGGAGCUACGAUUUCUACAGUGGGGAGUUUGUGGUUUCUCCGGAGCCUGAUACCACUGUGAUGACCCUUGACCCCAAACGGCAUCGCUACAUUAUCCUGGGCAGUGAUGGACUGUGGAAUAUGAUGCCACCCAAGAAUGCUGUCAAUAUGUGUUAUAGCCAUGAUAAAAUGGUGGGACCAAAGGGAAUGUCUUGCGCCCGCCGGCUGGGAUGCACAGCCCUACUGUUUUGGAAAGAACGCAUGCUUCGAGCAGACAACACAACAGUGAUUGUCCUGGCACUGCAAGAGCAUGGAACACCUAUUCCUAUGCAUCGAGAUGAGAUUGUUGUUGAUAUGGCUACAGGAAUUGACCAUGUUCCCUACCCAGGAACUACCUAUAACACAUGUGAGGUUCCAAAGGCGGAGCAUGAGGAUGGCAUGUUUUAUGAAGAAGAUGAGAUAUAUGGAGAAGAACAUGAGGGAUGGCCAUGCCUGGAGUGGUAGUGAGCGGAGUGAUGCAGAGAAUGCUCCCUACCCAUUUAAAGACAGUUCCAACGCUCUGGAGCAGGCAUUUGGGCUGUAUGAAGCAGCCUUCUGUGCCACCGCACAGCUCUUACCUGAUGUUGACUGUGUGAGGGCCACACAGCCCCCCUCAGAUGGUUCGGUGAAUGUUUUCGAAAAGCAAGACUCAACAACCCAAAUGGACCCUGCUACUUCUGCUCCUCCAUUAAAAAGGUCUCGCCGCUCUCCACACAUUGCUCCCAAACUUCAAGCUCCUCACCGUCGGUUUGGCAGGUCCCCCAACAAAAGUUCUCCCCACAAGACGCCUCAUAGCAAAGUACAAAGUGAACAGUCCCAUCAAACUCAUGCUCAAAAGAGAGAAAGAAGCUCCUCUGAGGAAGUCCUACCACAGCAACACAACGCUGCCUUGUGUGUGUGCUGAAUCCUGUCUCAUAGAAACAAUGUUUUUGCCCUGAGACAUGUCCCUGUUGUGCCACAGGCCUAUUCUUAGAUGUAUACUUUUAUACAAAGUCUUUGUUUUUGUAAAUAUGUGAGAAAUUUGAGAUUGUAUAUGUGUUUCUGUUUUGACCUUUUCUUCUUGCUCUUCUUCUUGCCCCCUCUUAAAAUUUUAGUGUUUGUGGAAAUUUUAGAUUUGUUCAAUCAAUCAAUCUAUUUUCAUACUUAAACGUAUGUACAGUAUAUCCAAAAGACGUAUUUUGAAGGACAAAAAUCUGAGAUGACAUCAAUUCACCAGUUAAUGUAGAAUUGUGACACGUGAAAUCUUCCAGUUUAGAUUUUUAUAAAUGAAUAACUGUUAUAAAUUGUUUUGUCUUGUUGGAUCUUUUUAACAUGCCUGCCUUUCCUUGAUUGGGGUAAAUACAUCAGACCUGUUGUUUAUGAUUUUUCCUCUCAGAUGAGUUGUGCUACAAAGCCAUUGCAAAGGGUUUCUCUGUCAGACUGUAUUUCUAAAAUAAUAGGGAAAAAGGUGGCUUUGGUGGGUCAUAUUCAUCUCAUGUUGUGGAUUCUGAGUUUCAAGCUCUGAGGAUAUACAAUAGAGGCCCUUUGUAGUAGUAAACAGCUGAAAAUCAUGGAAAACUUCAAACACGCAAUGGUCUGAGGUAGGAGCGUCAUGUUAAUUAUGCGGGUAUUGAUUUUAAGUCUUUUUUUUUCUUUUUCUUUUUUUUAUUUUGUGUCUUUUCUGGUGGCCAAUUGUGUACUGUCAUGAUCAUAAUUGCUACUCAACUAAUCUAAAAUAUUUGAUACACAUCUGAGGAUGUGUUAAAGGGUCAAGUUACUCAAACCAGAGAAAAAAAAACAUUCUCCCACUUACCAUAGUGGCAUCUAUCCAUAUACAUAGAUAUGUGUGAUUUGAGUGAACUGACCCUUCAAUGGUACUAGCUGGGCACUCAUAUUGAUCCAUUCCAAGCAUCUCCCAUUUAUUAUCAGGUCAAUUAAAUUACUGUUAUUUUAAUUAAAACUAUCUCAUGUAUUUCAGUGGUAGAAGCAGAAGUACAGGUUGUUGGCUAUAUUGAAUGCCGGUGUAAAAGCCAAGAUUAAAUACCUGUGCCUGACUGGAUUAAGUUCAUUUAAAGUGUUCACUAGGCACUAACACAAUUCUAAUAUGUCUUCCUCUUUCUUCUCAUAUGUGGUAUCUUUGUUUAUGGUUUGCAUUCAUAACUUAUAUGGUAAAUAAAUGUAUGGUACUAAUGUCAAAUAAAUGCCAUGUUCAUGGUAGAUAGUAAAUUACAAGGUAAUCAAAGUUCUAACUUGUGUUGGUGUGGCAGCUCAGUUACUGUUUUAGCUGAUUUUGUUGCCUUCUUUUUACAUAAGACUGUCAUGGUUGCCUUAGCACAAAUGAGUCAGGAGUGCUUUUCACAUGUUUUUCAUAUUUGGGACUUCUCUAAGAUGCAUCAACCUCAACCAUUAAUCAUGCACCUUCAGUUUUACACCAAUGUCAUAUUACUGUUGACACUGCUGUGUAUUUAACCCUGCUCCAUGUGGUUAAUGUUUCCCUGUUAUAUUACAGAGCAGUUUGUUGAUUUUGUACAGUACAUUAAUAUGCAAUAGAAGUUUGUACAGUACAUUAAUAUUAUGCAAAGUAAUUGGGUUUUUCAGGAGUCUGGCAUGCUCAGAUCUACUCUGUAUGUUGUGAAGUGUCCAGAGGUAAUGGAUGUUAUUGGGCAUGUGGUGUGUUUUGAUGAUUACAAUACUUGGGUCUGGUUUCAUAUCCACUGCAGCCAGUUCUCAGGACUAACUGUAUAAGUUACAUGCUUUGAAAAUGACUGGAUAUACAGUGUCUGUGUGUUGUAAUAAAGUUUUCAUUUUCCAAUUGGUGCUGA